CAACAAAAAUGAAGAAGCUAAAUUCCUCAUUAUCUUCUCCAUGUACGACGACGACGACGAUCAUCAUCAUCAUCUUCUUCUUCUUCCCCCACCCCACCCUACCCCAACCCACUCCCCCAUCCUACCCCCCAUCCUCCUUCCCCAACCCCCGCCUCUUCAACGCCUACCUCGCCCUCCAAGCCUGGAAGCUCGCCAUCACCGCCGACCCCAAUUCCUUCACCGCCAAUUGGUACGGCCCCGCCGUCUGCAACUACUCCGGCGUCUACUGCGCCCCCGCCCCCGACGACCCCUACGCCACCACCGUCGCCGGAAUCGACCUCAACCACGCCGGAAUCUCCGGCACCCUUCCCGCCGACCUCACCCUCCUCUCCGACCUCGCCCUCCUCCACCUCAACUCCAAUCACUUUUCCGGCGACAUCCCCCGCCGUUUCCAGGACCUCCGCCGCCUCUUCGAGCUCGACCUCAGCAACAACGCCUUCUGCGGCCACUUCCCCGCCGCCCUCCUCCGCCUGCCGGAGCUCAAAUUUCUGGACCUCCGAUUCAACCAAUUCCAGGGCAAACUCCCGCCGGAAAUCUUCGAUUCAAACCUCGACGCCAUUUUUAUCAACAACAACCACUUCCAGGCGGCGCUGCCGCCGAAUCUCGGCAAUUCGACGGCGUCGGUCAUCGUCCUGGCGAAUAAUAAUCUCCAGGGCUGCCUGCCGCCGGAGAUCGGGAGGAUGUCGGAGACUCUGAACGAGAUCAUCUUAUCGGAAAAUCAGCUCACCGCCUGUCUGCCGCCGGAGAUCGGCCGGCUGAAGAGGCUGACGGUGUUCGACGUCAGCCGGAACAACUUCGUCGGCGCCCUGCCGGAAUCCAUGGCGAACAUGGUCAGCCUGGAGCAGCUCAACGUGGCGCACAAUCGGCUCUCGGGGAAUAUUCCGGCGAGCAUAUGCUCCUUGCCCCGCCUGGCAAAUUUCACCUUUUCCGAUAACUACUUCUGCGGCGAGCCGCCGGUGUGUCUGAAAUUGAAGGAUAAGGAUGACUCUAGGAAUUGUAUUCCGUACAGACCGGAGCAACGGUCCGCCGGCGAAUGCCGCGAUUUUUACAAGACUCCGGUCGACUGUAGUAUCUACAGCUGUUCCCGGCGGCCGCCGCCGCCCCCGCCGCCGCCGAAGGAGUAUUAUCACUAAAUUAAUUACUAUAAUAUUGAUUAAAAGAACAAUUUAUACAGUGCUUUUUGUUACACUAUUUUUUUUUUUCAUUUUAAUAAAUGCCGAGUAAUAAAGAACGAACAAUACGUGCAAUGAAAGUUUUUCAUUUGAUUUGAUUAUUAAUG